AUGACUAACAAAAUUAAUAAACUUAAAUCUCAAAAUAACUUUGAUGAAAAUAAGCUUAAUAAACUUCAAUCUGACUUAAGCAGCCACAAAAGUGAAGUGCACAACAAUACGUCCAAAAGGGACAAUGCGUUGAAGGACGUCCACUCCAGGAUGGUGUCUCUCGCUGAGCUCAGUGUCAAGCUUGGCCAAUUUAUUGGCAAUUCUGACGUCAUUACUACAGUAAUUAAUAAUGGUAUUGACAGCAUUAUUAACAGUGACAAUGACUUCAAAAGCCUUAGAAACUCUCCGUCUUCGCCUGUGCAUCCUCCCGCUGCCGUGUCUGAUGGGCUUAUAAAGUCUGUUGAGCUUGAUGAGAAAAUUGAGCAAUAUAGUCAACAAAUUGAGCUUCUUAAACCUAAAAUAGAACAGCAUAAACAGCAAAAAAUGUCUGUCCCCGAUGAGCUUAAUAAGUCUCAUGAGUCUCAUCAGUCCAAGUUGGAUGCUCUUCAGAAGCUGAAGAGCCUUAAUGAGUCUUUGAGUUCACUUAAUAAUAAUCAUGAUAAUAAUUGUAAAAACCUUUUAACAAAUUUGUGCUCUGGCUUGGAGAAGUUCCUUGGUUACCAAGAAACUUCCAAAGGCUACGAUGGCACCGGCAUCGUGUACUCGGACCUUGACAGGCUCUGCGACGGGGUGAUGUCCUUUAUCCUCCAAUGUCUUGAGGGCGCUAAAACACUUUUACAUCAUUAUUAUCCUCAGAUUAUUGACACUAUAAGAGAGUUAGAAGGUAAAAUAGGUAAGGGCUCUGGUGUUUCAGGAUUUUGCGACGCCAUUGGGAGAGUGCAGGCGGGGCUGGAGGGGUAUGAGAGGAGUAUGGAGAACUUGACAAAUGCUGUUGUAGGUGAAGAAAAAGAACAUAAAGGAACAAUAAAAGCCUUAAAAACUAAAAUAGAAGGAAAUAUCAAGGCACUCAGGGAGUUGAAUAUUGAUAAGUUUGACGAUGUCGUUGGUAAGUGGUACAAGUCGGUGACCGAAGGACUAGAUGAGAAUGUGAAAAAUAUUGGCGAAGCCAUAAAAAUGGUUGACGGACCGUUGAGAAAUAAAGUGAUUAAUGAUUUUGAGAAAAUUCAAACGCGAAUUGAGUCCCUAAGCGUUUCGGCCAUUAACGACGUGAAAGAACUUAAGGAAUUGAGUGAGAACGUUGCAGAUGAAUUAAGGGAGUUGGAGGGUAGUGUGAAAGGGGCUGUUGAAGAGCGCGUGAAUGAGUAUAAAAAGAAAUUGGAGGAGGAAUUUAAGAAUAUUCAGGAGCAGAUUACAGCAGUUGAGAGGGCUUUGACUCAGGUGAAGAGUGCUUUAGAUCAGUGGAUUCUAAAAGCAAAGGAAGUUGUUCAAAAUGCCAUGCAGAAGGUGACAGAUGUUGUGAAAAUUCUCAAUGGUAAGAAUGGAGAUGGUAAAAAUACGGAAAAAGCCGCCGUGGAAAAGGCGGCCGAGAUGUUGAAGGAUAAGGCCGAGAAACUUAUGAAAGCAAUAGAUAAGGCUGGAACAGAAUUGGCAUCUAAGGUUGGCUCCGCAGAGAACGCUGUUGAAGAGUUGGACAAAAUGCUUAAGCAAGGUUUGUUUAAGGUUAAAGGCCUUAUUAAUAAGGGGCUGAGUAAUUAUGUGGAGAAGCUGGCAGCUGCAUUUGCAGCAGGUAUAGAGAAGGCUGAUAAAUAUUGGUACAGUGGCGCCGAUAAACCUGGUUUCACGGCUUUUAUGAGUUCUUUCAAUGCUGGAACGUUGGAACCGAAUACCCAUUUGGGAACAUGGCUCAGGGGGAUUGGAAAUACGAAUCCUGAUGUUGGUGGUGGCAUCGAAAGGAUUUUGUACCCACUUAAUAGUGCGCAGAGUCAGUGGAAAGCAGAGUCGGCAAAACUCACCAAAGCCCUCACCGACGACCUCCACGGCAAGGUUGAAGAGUGGUUACCCAAGGAUGCCACCUCUGGUGAUUCAUCUGAGAAAGUUAACUUAAAGAGCCUUACGAGUUACAUAAGCAGAGGCACAGGCUCUAAACACGUGCUUGACGAGGCGAUUAAGUCCGUCAAAAGGGAUGUAAAAGCUAAGCUGGAUGAUAUUAAAUAUCCUGAAAAAGCCCAAACAGCGAUAACUAAGGACAGGAUAUCGACGGCACACAGCACUUUUACCGAGCAGUUCAAUAAAUAUAUCGCCGCGGUAGAGAAGUUGGUCCACGGCGAUUACAGUUUCUCAACCAAGGAUCAUCUCAAUUCCUACCUGGUAAAACUGAAAAGAAUGCUUACUGAGGACGUCACACUAUAUUCCGACGUUACCAAGGGUCUCGGGGAAAUUAAUACUGACAUUGAUAAGACACUUGGUACUGCUAUUACAGGCAACAAUAAGCAUACCUUCAAAACAUUGACUGCAGACGCAACGAAGUUCCUUAAAACCACAAUCCCGCAGGAAGUCACCAAGUGCAUCAAUGAGAUCCGCAGACAAGUCAACACUUUUGUAAAGCAGAGCAUCAAGAACGUUAAAAAGGAUGCACUCGACCGCUACGUUACGUCUCGUAGCAAUGAACUUGCAAAAGUGAAGGACUUCGUUGAAUCGCAGCGAGUAGCAAUUGAGAAGAUCAUCAAAAAGGACCGAAGUAAUGGUGUAAAGGACUUCUUGAGGGAAUUAAAAAAACAAUUGAAUGAGAAGAUUUGCGAUAUUAUCAUGCCGCAUGGAACAGUAACAGACGGCUAUAAAACCGUAAAUGUCUUGGCCACAAAACUUUCUCCCUUCUUCGACAAAAUCUUGCAUUAUACUAUCGAUCGACUAACGCAGCAUACUGAUAUUCACAGUCAAGUUAAAGUGAUGUCUUGGGUGUUGAAGAAUUUUUUCACUGGACUCAUCGAAUACUCCCACUUCAGUCAUGAGGUUUCGACUAGAGUCUGCGAGCUAGCCGACAAGGUCGACAGAGUAACGCCCCUGGAACUGCCCGACGCCGGACGGCCCGUGCUGGUUGCAUUGAAAAGUGGUGUGAGGAGACUUGUCGAUGAGCUCAAUAAGCAGUAUGUGUCGGCGUAUUCGAUGGAGCAGUGGAAAAGGGGGGACGCGUUCGAUCAAAAUUGUGCCAGUGUCUUACUCACCAUUAUCCCAACACUAAACGUCACAAUAGACAAGCUGAGAAGUGAACUCGAAGAUAGUAAAAAUAAUUGGUGGAACAACAAAAUCCAUUCAGAUAAUGCGCUUGGCAAUUUCCUUGCCAGCAAUGGGUUCGACGUAUCUACAACCGACGGACAACAAAACGGCGAAUUACGUAACUGCGACAAAAUCAAGGGCGCUGAUAUUUAUGAGAAAAUGUGUGAGACAAUUAAGAACGCCGAUCGUGUUGCACAUUUACAAACGUGCAUCGAAACUAAAGAUAACAUCGAUAACAUUAAUCUACCUGUUCUUACUCAAUGCCUUAGCUCACACCUAGAAGAGUAUUAUAAAACAUCCGUGCUCCGUGUUUCAUAUGCUGUGUUGGUUCAGUGGCCUCCGCUACAGUGA